AUGCAGACCUAUUUGGUCCUCGAUGCCAGCUGGCGCGCGGUCCAGGUGCGCACGUCGUGGCUCGUCGCCAGCAGUUCGACUUUCACCCUCUACGCUGCCCUGUCCAGCGCCAUCGUGCUCGUGGACCUCAUCGCUCUGCUCUUGGAAUGUCUGCCGCACCGUGUUGCAACCCUGACCCUACCCCGGAGCCCAGAGGAGGGAGCGGGGCUGUUCAGUCUCGCCUCCUUCGCCUGGCUCCUUCCGCUGCUUCGCACCGGCUACGUGAAGCCCUUACUCCUCUCCGACCUCGACGCCUCGGCCUCGCCGCCGCGGAUCAAUCUCGUGCGGGCUCGCACGUCCAUUCAUUCGCUGAGGUCGCUUGGCGCCCCACUGUUGCUGCCACUGUUGGCCACUGUUCUUCCCCGCGCCCUGCUCGCCGUCUUCUCCUUUGCCCAAGUCUUUCUCCUGAACGCCAUCCUCCAGCACCUGCGAGGCCCAGCAGAUGCCGACACGAGAAAAGUCGGCUGGGCCCUUGUCGGGGCCACAUUCCUGGUAUAUGCCGGAUCGGAGACAGCAACGACAUGGUACUGGUAUUCCCACGAACGUGUACUGUCCUUGGGACGAUCAAUCCUGAUCGAGGCAUUGUACACGCACACCCUCACCCGGACUGUCGAGAUGGUGUCAGAGGCAGAGGGCUUGACACUGAUGGGCACGGAAGUGGAGCGGGUGCGAGUAGGCUUUGCAGGCCUGCAUGACCUGUGGUGCUGUCCACUCGAAGCAGCAUUUGCGCUCUGGAUGCUAUACCGACGUCUGGGUCUCGCAGCAGCCGCUCCCUUGGUCCUGGUGUGCUUCGUUACCGCUUGCAUUGGACUCCUUGGGCGAGUGAUUCCCAGACAUCAGCGCGCCUGGAUUCACGCGAGGCAACGGCGGACAAUGCUCACGGCGAACCUCGUCAUCGACAUAGAGUCCCUGCAGACCACGCAGUUGGCAGAUGCCGCUGAGGCGUGCGUUCAGCUCCUGCGGGAGCAUGAGAUCGAUAUCGGACAACGAUAUCGCCUGCUCCAGCUGCUCAUCGUGACGUUGGCUUUCGUUCCUACUCAUCUGAGUCCAGCUCUGACAUUUGCCUUCACUGGCAGUGACUUGACUGUAUCAACCAUGUUCCAAUCAGUCGCUCUCAUGAUGCUGAUCGCGACGCCACUCGCGCAAUUGUUCCAGCGCGCGCCUCCAUUCCUCGCGGCGUGUGCUUGUCUUGGGCGCAUGCAGGGAGGGGAGCCCAGUCAGGCGAUGGGCUUCUGCGAACAAGACCCUGCGUUGCUCGGCGGGACGAUCAUGGACAACAUCGUGGAAUUCACAGCGUUCGACCAACACCUCUACCAUGAUAUCACCUGUGCUGUUAUGCUUAGAGAAGACUUCCGCCAGAUGGAGCAUGGUGACCAGACUGAUAUCGGCAGCAACGGCGCCAACUUGAGUGGAGGACAACGGAAGAGAGUUGCUCUGGCUCGUGCACUAUAUCAGUCAACUUGCAUCUACAUCCUGGACGAAAUUCUUGGUGGCCUAGACUCGAAAACAGCGCAGCACGUUUUUGAUAACGUUCUUGGGCCUGAAGGUCUCCUCAAGCGUCGUGGUGCAACAGCCGUCUUCGCUACCAGCUCCAGACAAUAUUUGCAUGCUGCUGAUCAUGUCAUUCAUCUCACACGCACACCUGAUCCGCCGUGUGAUGCGCGCGGCACGCUCAAUGAUGCGAAUAUAGCCGAAAGUGUCCCUCGGGAUGCACUCUCAUCGCAGCAGGCCAGCAGCACACAAGUUCCAUGCGACAGUUCUCCGGGUUCUCUUGCUUUCGUGGAUGAAGCUCAUCGCAUCCACGCUGAAUGUCGAAGGUCUACUAUCGAGAAACCCUCCGACGUGUUGAAUGAGAAAGAGGACGAUGAUUCUCGCUACGCAUCGUCCACUCUGUCGGAGGCCGCAUCGAAGCAGACAUCAGCGGCGGACAACAACUUGCUCUUCUAUGCGUACUACCUCAGAGCGAGCGGCAAGGUGCCUCUCGUCCUGUUCAUAUGCUCGGCACUCGUCUAUGCAUUCUGCAGCAACUUCUCAACAGCAUGGCUCUCAUUCUGGCGCAGGACCGCUUCUCGCAGUCGAAGUCUCUUUAUCUUGGCUCCCCUUCGCCUGUUCUCGGGAAUGAACCAGGGAGAGAUCACCACUUUGUUUUCGCAAGACCUAAAUAUCAUCGACUCGGAAUUGCCGCAAGCUGCGAUGAAUGCCGUCUUGAAUACUGUUGUUGCAAUUGGCGUGACCGCCGUCCUGGCUAUCGCGUCUCCGUAUAUUUUGAUCAGUCUUCCUGUUAUCCUCCUCGUGCUCUGGAUUGUGCAGCGAGUCUAUCUUCAUACCGCUCGACGACUUCGUGUUCUGGAUCUCGAGGCCAAGGAGCCUCUGUAUACACACUUCUUGGCAACAGUCCGAAGCAUCAGCACCAUCCGAGCGUUUUGCUGGCAAAGGCACUUUGUGAAGCUCAACAGUGGGAUGAUCGAAACUUCCCAGAGAGCAGCCUACGUACUCGCCAUGGUGCAGAGAUGGCUCGAUUACGUUCUGGGCAUGGUCGUGGCGGGAAUGGCGACGAUACCGGUCGCACUGGCGGUCAUUUUGCGAUCAGAUGCCGCCAUCACCGGUGCUUCGUUGCUCUCGUUGUUGAGUCUGGGCGAGGCUCUGUCUGCUGUUGUCGAGUUCAGCAGUAGGAUGGACAUCGCGAUGGGGACAGUCGGAAGGUUGCGGGCCUUUGCAUCCGGGGCACAGAUCAAGGAGGAAGGCCAUGGUGACGAAAUCGAAUCAUGUUGGCCAUCGCGAGGCGAAAUCGCAGUCCGUUCCGUCAGUGCCAGCUAUGAUGAUGCUGAUUCAACAAUGAAGAAGCGUCGGCCCUCCGAGCACAGACGCCAUUCACAUCUCGCACUCCACGACGUGACCUUUUCUGUUCCCGCCGCAUGCAAAGUCGCCAUCGUCGGACGCAGCGGCAGUGGCAAAUCCACGCUGUUCCGACUUCUGCUGCGCCUGUUGGAUCCGCUUCCUUCGACUUCUCACCGAGAAAGCACCAUCCUCGUUGACAACGUCCCUCUUUCCCUCAUUCCCCGUUCACUGGUGCGAGAACGCAUCAUUGCAAUCCCACAGCGAUCUGUACCCCUUCCCGACUCCAGUUUUCGCCAAAAUAUCGAUCCGUACAACCAGUGCAGUCAGGAAUGUUGCCUCGAAGCACUCGACGUCGUGGGUUUAGCAGAUCCCGUUCGCAAUCGCGGUGGUCUCGACUCCAAAGUGUCAGCCGACAUGCUAUCGCACGGUGAGUUGCAGUCGUUGGGGCUUGCCAGAGCUUUGUUGCGGAAGAAGCAAGCUGAUGAGCGGCGGGCAAAGGCCGCCGCCCGCUUUCACGCGACGACGGAGAAGCUAGACACAGCAGCAGCAGCAGCGAUGGUGGGUCAGGGAGCACGAGCAAGCGGCGGGAUCUUACUUGUCGACGAAGUCGGUUCUGCUCUCGACGCGGAAAUGUACGAUCGACUCUGGAAAAUUAUCAGGCGGGAGUUUCAAUCCUACACUGUGGUGGCGAUUUUGCAUCGACUCGAUCCUGUAGCGCUCGAGUUUUUUGACAGGGUUCUCGUGAUGGAACGUGGAGAGCUGGUCGAGGGCGGGGGGGAAUGUCCAUCGGAGUUUUGA